UUAUCAACUUUUAAAGUUUAGGUUAAAAUUAUGGGUUUUAAUUUAUAGUUUUGUAUGUUUAGGUAAUAAGCUCAAAGCAGAAGAAACAUAUACGAGGCUAUAACCAUGCUUAGAUCGUUGUCGUUUCUUAUUCUGCUCCAUUUCUGCAAAGAGACUUGUUUUGGAUUCCGUAUUCUAUUCAGCAGUCAGAGUUUCAAAAGCAACGACACUUUUCAAAACCUUUGUGACACUAAAUGUGUAUGCGGUCGAUACAGCCAUCCAGGGCAAGCUAACUUCGAUAUACAGUAUGGAAAAUUCAACGCUAACUUUUCACCUGUUCCCAUUGCAUCGUAUAUAACCGGAGAUUUGGUGCUUGGGUACCCGGCAUAUGGAAUGCUAUGCGUUGGACAUACAUUGAAAAGAUUUCCACAGGAUCCAGGCACAAACGCAUCUUUCAACCAAUUCCUACUCAAAAUGUCGGUCCUUGUUCUUCGACAAGGAAACAUCGCUAGCCUACGUCAAAGUGACGUCAUGCUGUUACGUCAUCACCUGGAAUAUCUGGAUUUAUCAAGAAACAGAAUUGAAUUUAUUGAAGGGGACACUUUCGAUAAAUUUAACGCGUUACAGGUUGUCGAUUUGAGGUUUAAUCAACUGACAACGUUGGGCGGAUCAGAGCCAAUACCCACAAUGCCAUUUCCCAGCACCGGAAAUGACAUAGAAUUUACUGGAACUGGAAAUUCAAGCUUGUCACGACCCACGUUUAAACUAAGGGGAAACCCACUUGUUUGCUCUUGUAAACUGGUGACAACGAUUCAUAGUUACGUCACAAUGUCUUCUGAUGACGGUGCCGGGUGUUUUGAGAUAGAUGAGGAAAAUAGACGGCGAUUUAUCCCAUUAGGAUCUUGCUUGAUGGACAAAGUAAUUGAGAAUUUGUGCACGACGAACCAAGAAACGGCACAGAACAACCCAAAUCACAUAGAAGACCUUUCAACUCAGUAUGGCGGAUCUCAACACGACUACCAGCAUAAGGACGCAUCGGACCGUGACUUGAGGGGAAUGACCGAAGAGGAGAAACACCUGUCCAUGGAUUAUAGACUGAACAUUACUCCGCCAGAUGAUACAGACCACGACCAUAGGGUUGUAAAGAAAGAAGUGAGAGUAGACAUACCAUUGUUUUUAACAAUGUCGGUGUGGUUUAUGAUGGUGUAUUUCGGCAUAAUAAGGUUUAUAAGGUCGAAUGAAAUGGACCAUGAUUCGCCAAUACCGAUGCCCAAGCCUAUACCGAAAAGUUAUACGCAGCUAAAUAAUAUAGGUUGAAUCGUAGAGGUGUAAUAGGUUGGGGUAAGAUGGUUUACUGUAGAGUAUAGGUUGGGGCAAAAUGGUCGGUGUUUUAUUCUUUUUCACUGUUAAGUCGAUAGUAAACAAAUAAUAUUUAAAGAAUUAUAUAACCGUACCCUCACAAAUUUAAAAUGGUG